CCUGGAGGAAGAGCAGUGGGUGCAGCCCUCAAGGGCUGAUAAUUCCUCCAACUUUUCUCCCUUUCUCUUCAUUUUGCUUUUUUCCACCACUGCACCAUCCGAUUCCCAUGACUUUCCCUCCCCAGUGCUUUGUGCUGAAGCAACGGGUGCAUCUUCACCGCCCUCAUUUUCUCUAGUCCAUAGAGAGGGGGAGCAUCUCUGCUCCCAGAUAAGGAGAGAAAGAAAGAAGGGUAGCAGGGAAUGGUUUGGUUUUGGUAUAACAGGGAAUGGUUUGGUUUUCUCUCCCAGGGGUGUCAGAAGGAUGAAUUGUCUCCUGGGCCUCUCUGUGCUGUUUGCUUGGCGCUUGUCCCCAGCCCACGGGAGCCUCUUGCAGCUGCACAACAUGAUCACGGAGGUGACAGGGAAAAACGCUCUGCUGCACUAUGCCUUCUAUGGCUGCUACUGCGGCCUGGGGGGCAAGGGGCAGCCCAAGGACGCCUCAGACAGGUGUUGCCAGCUACACGAUACCUGCUACCUCGGCCUCCUGAGCCACGACUGUGACGCCAAGAAGCAGAGCUACCACUACAAGGGGCACCACGGCAGCCCCUCCUGCAGAAAGGACUCCUGGUGCGCUCAGCUCUCCUGUGAGUGCGACCGCAGCCUGGCGCUGUGCCUGAAGAGAAACGUCAGGAGCUACAGGAAACGCUACCAGUUCUAUCCCAACUACCUGUGCAAGUGAUAGGAGCCGAAAUUUGGAGCUCCCUGCACUCCUGCCUGUGCUGCUGUAAAUUUAAGUAAAAUGAAAAUAAACAAUGUGCUUAAACCACCCCGUCCUCUGAGAGCUGCUGCUGCUGCUGGGCAGGGAGAGAAAUCCCUGUAAAUAAUCAACAUCUUCCCAAAACUUUCCAAGAACUCGGUCCC